AUAAAACUAAGAAAAAAAAAAAGAGAGAGAAUAAAAGUAACAUCUAAUCAAUGGCUUCCACUUUAAAGACAAAUAAAACAAAAAAACGACGAAUAGGAUAAGGCUAUCCGCCAAUAAGGCAUAAAGAAGUUGCCACGUCGGAUAGAGAUGAAGAUUUCGAGCUCUCCCAAAAUCUCCCCAAUUUCCGCCUCUCCACCGCUUUUCUACUUCCUUGGCCCACUUCCGAAACCAAAAUCCCCAAUUCCGGAAAUUCGCAGAGCUUUCGAAUCAUAUCAAUGGCUUCCACUUCUACAGUUUCACUGGCCCUGCCAUUGACUAACGCCACCCACAAGAGACUGUCCAACCACGCCUUCUUCAAUCCAUUGCCUGCUUCUUCUUCUUCGAGGUCUCGCAAGGCCAUCGCCGCCGCGCCGACAUCUAGCGGGAGGCUCGUCGCAGUCCGAUCGUCCUUGAAGGAGAAGGCCAUCACUGGACUAACCGCCGCAGCUCUGACGGCGUCGAUGGUAAUUCCGGAGGUUGCAGAGGCUGCAGGACCUGGAGUCUCACCGUCGCUGAAGAACUUCUUGCUCAGCAUUGCUGCCGGUGGAACUGUGGUGGUGGCCAUAUUGGGGGCUGUGAUAGGCGUCUCCAACUUCGAUCCGGUCAAGCGUGGUUGAGUUGUAAUUCUUUGUUUCUGCAUUAAUCUUCAUCCAUCAUUUUUUGCUGCAAGCUGCUAAAAGUAAUAAAUGUAUGGAUUUAAACAU